AUGGGCGGCCGCGCCUGGCGCAAUCUCCACACCCCUCGCAUCCCUCUGAAACUCUACCUCCACACCCGAUCUCUCGUCACCGAAGCCCUCCAGAAAGUCUUCUUGCACGUCUGCGUGCCCCUCGAAAUGCCCUCAAAACCCGACUUCGGCGACGUAGACUUCCUCGUCGCCGGGCCUCUUCUACGGAACACCGACACCGCUGUUAUCAAUCCCACGAAUCCCACCAGAUCCGCCUUCCCAUAUGAUGAGUGCGUCGCUGAAAUCAAGAAACUCCUCAACACAACGCACGGACGAAAGGGCCAUCUCACCGACAAAGUCAUGUUCUUCGCGAUUCGUGACCCUUCGGGCGAGGGGGAUUUUUGGAUUCAGAUUGAUGUCAAAGUAUGCUACGAUCCCAAGCUCUUUGAUUGGCAGCGCUUUUAUCUGAAUUAUGCAACUCUCUCACAGCCCGUGGGGAAUAUGAUGAAACGGCUCGGCCUGACGAUGGAUGAGGAGGGACUGUACGUGAGGGUCAAGGGGCUGGAGGAUGUGAAUUGGGAGGGGAGCAAAGUGCUAGUCACGAGGGACCCGCUGCAGUGCGCGAAGCUGUUGGGAUUAUCAUGGAAGAUGGUGACGUGGGGAUUUGAAUGCGAUGAGGAGGUCUACGAGGACUUCGCCAGAUCCUGGCUCUUCAACCCAGUACACUUCGGCUCACGGCGUGACGACGAAAGCUACAUGAGUAACUUCUCCAAAUCCAACCUCUUCUUCAUCAAGACCUGGAUACCAGAGCAUUAUCCCGACUACAAGCCCAAAGAUUCUCAAAUGAAAGCAGAAUUUGCGCUGACGCGUUGUCUAGAUCUGGAGCUGUGGUAUGCUACUACAGCAUUGAAAGCCCGUGAGAGGGUAUUUUCCCUCGACCCUCAAGCUGCGGAGACGUACUACAACAAACGAGGCGCUUUUCUGAAACAAAUGGAAGAGAACCGUUUACGAGAGCUCAUCACCGCUGCCUUGCCAGUCGGGGCCGAAGAGUGGGAAGAUGAGCCACCCUUUCCUCGAGUGGUUUUCCGCAGUCAGUUACCGCCCACGCCGCCAGAGACGCCGGGACUCGAGCCGAAACCCGACUCAAUGUUGGAUCCA